UACGUUUGUUGCAACUACUAGUUAUUGUCUUCUUAAAUGUCGAAUGUAUUAUACGUUUUGAUAUACCAAUUUAUUAAUCACAAGAGCUUUUAAAAACUCUGUACAAUUUUUGAUAUCAACAGAGAUGCUACGCGUUAUCAUCGCCGCAUUGAUGCUCGUCACUAUCGGAGUAUCUGCGUGCCAACCUCGCCGCAGAGAAAAUCCAAGGUGUUUGCCGUCAGACACUACCACCAUUACCGAAGUGUCUACGAAUAAAAUUCCGACCGAAGCCAAUACACUUGAUGCCUGCACAGAUGCCACAUGUCCAAUUCCGAAACCGGACGAUUUUGAAAAUAUACUUUACCCAUACUAUGGUAAUUGCACUAAAUUUUGCUAUUGCAUUGACGGCAUCCCGUAUGUUUGGAAUUGUCCGUCCGGAUUGCAUUUCAACGAUAAUCUGUACGUUUGCGAUUGGCCGCAAAACGUCCAUUGCCAAUACUAAACAAGCAAAGGAUACAAUGUAAAAUCUAAGAGGACAAGAAUUGAAGUAAAAAGAAGAAUAAAUACAGUUUCUCCGACUGAUACUUCUAGUAAUUAUUCGUACAUUGGACUGAAGAGACAAAGGAAAAAAUCUCUGCGACAUUUUUAUUGCGCAUUAUAAAUGUAUUAUAUAAUUAAAAAAUGUAGCAAAAUAAAUUGAAAUUUAUGUAAUA